AUGAGAAGAAAGGGGCCGGGCCCCAAAAAGCCCCUCCCCUUUUGCAGGCCGCUGCUGCUCAGUGAGGAUGAGGAGGACACCAAGCGCGUCGUGCGCAGCGCCCGCGACAAGAGGUACGAGGAGCUCACCAACCUGAUCCGCUCCAUCCGCAACGCCAUGAAAAUCCGCGACGUCAGCCGCUGCCCCCAGGAGUUUGAGCUGCUGGGCCGUGCCUGGGCCAAGGCCAAGGGGGUCGUGGACAGGGAUGGAGUUCCCAGAUUUUACCUGAGGAUCCUGGCUGACCUGGAGGAUUAUCUCAACGAGGUGAUUGGGGCAAAAAAACACAAAUUUGGGCUUCCUCAGAACCCGGAGCAGUCGGACGAGGACGAGGAGAAAAGCAGGAGGGACUCGGAAGGUUCUGGUUCCUCCUCCGGGGCCGAGGACGACGCCGGGAAUUUCCUGAAACGUCGGGAGGAGCCCAGGGGGCGCUACAAGGAGGAGGAGUCAGAGUCAGAGUCAGAGUCUGACGAGGACUGGGGGGACUCGGCCUCGGAGUCGGACUCGGAGUCGGACGAGGACGAAGGAAAAUUCACAUCCCUGGCCUCGAAAUUCCUGAAAAAGGAGGAAGAGGAGGAGGAGGAGGAGGAAGGAGGGGAGUGGGAAAAAGUCAAGUGUGGGGUGCCCCUGGUCAAGGUGAGAAAAAAAAAAAUGGCCGCCCAGAUCGAGCUCCUGCAGCACCUGGUGGCCGUGGCCCACGAGCACAACCUGGGGGUGCCCCUGGAGCUGAAAAUCAAAUUCAACAUCGUGGCCUCCCUGUACGAUUAUAACCCCAAUUUGGCUGCCUACAUGAAGGGCCGCCCAGAUCGAGCUCCUGCAGCACCUGGUGGCCGUGGCCCACGAGCACAACCUGGGGGUGCCCCUGGAGCUGAAAAUCAAAUUCAACAUCGUGGCCUCCCUGUACGAUUACUCACCUGUCCUCUCCCCCCCCCAGAAUACGUGGAGCACCUGAAGGACGAGGCUCGGGUUUGCUCCAUCAUCGCUCGGCUCCAGCGUUACCUGCAGGGCAAGGGCAGCCCCGAGGAGCUUUGCCGAGUUUACCUGCGCAGGGUCCUGCACACCUACUACAAAUUCGACUACGGAGCCGCCCGCAGGAAGGGAGGGGCCGGCCAGGUGAAGGAGGACGGACAGGUGAAGGAGGAUGGACAGGUGAAGGAGGACGGACAGGUGAAAGAAGAUGGACAGGUGAAAGAAGACGGACAGGUGAAAGAAGAUGGGCAGGUGAAGGAGGACGGGCAGGUGAAGGAGGAAGAGGAGGAGGAGGAAGAUUCGGAGGCGUUGAUGGAGAGGUUGUGCAGGAAGAUCCAGGAGGAGUCUCUCCGCACGUACCUGUUCACCUACAGCAGCGUCUACGACUCCAUCAGCAUGGAGACCCUGGCGGCCAUGUUUGAGCUGGACCUGCCCACGGUGCACGGAAUCAUCAGCAAAAUGAUCAUUAACGAGGAGCUGAUGGCCUCUCUGGACCAGCCCACGGCCACGGUGAUGAUGCACCGCACGGAGCCCACGGCCACGCAGAACCUGGCGCUGCAAUUGGCUGAGAAAUUGGGGAACCUGGUGGAGAACAACGAGAGGGUGCUGGACCAGAGGCAGGGAGCCUACGGCGGCUACUUCAGAGGUGAGCACACCUGGGCAACACCUGGAUACACCUGGAGUGUUCAGGGAUACACCUGGGAUACACCUGGAUACACCUGGAAUGCUCAGGAGACCGAGGCUCACCUGAGCGCUCACCUGGCGCAGGUGGGCGGGGCCGGCCUCAGCUGCGGGGUGAAUUUCCAGCGCUGCCUGGAGCUGCUGGUGGCCGCCCUGGCCCGGCCGGACUCGCGCCUUUCCCUCUUGGUGGCCACGCACAACGAGGGCUCCGUGCUGAGCGCCCUGGGCAG